CCCAUUUCUCUCCCUCUAUUUUUCUUUCAUUCUGAUCAAAUUAUUACUACCAAAGAAUCAUAGAAGUGAGAUUAAUGAGUCACAAGAGGGGGGCAACUCCGACGGUGGGGAGGCAAGUGGCAAGAUGGGUUCGUGGUCGAACGAUGAGACAGCAAGUAAGCAUGGGCACAAUUGCAGCAUUGGCGUUGUUGGUGUUGUUGAAAAUGUUUAUGAAAGGAGAAACACAUUUGUUUGUUGCUUCUCGAACAUCUCAUGCUGUUGGCAUUUUACUUUUACUUUACAAGCUCACUAUCACCAAAACUUGUUCCGGUCUAUCAAUGAAGACUCAAGAGCUUACAGUGAUAUUCUUGAUCAUGAAAAUUAUGUGCUACUUUACACUCUUGUCCAAAAUACACGUUUUACUUGAUUCUAUAAGUCUUGCAUCUACUUUGUGGGUGAUUUAUAUGAUGCGAUACAAGUUACAGAACACCUACAUGCAAGAGCUUGACACCAUGCCUUUGUACUAUGUGUUGGUGCCUUGUGCCGUUGUUGCAUUAAUAGGCCAUCCUGGAUGGCAAUCCGACAUUGUCACCGGAUUUUUCUACAUGUAUUUUACAACAAUUGAAGCUGUUUCAGUGCUCCCUCAGCUUCUCUUAAUACAAAAGGCCAAGCUGGUUGAACCAUUUACUGCUCACUAUGUCUUUGCCUUGGGUGUUGCCAGAUUCUUCUCAUGCGCGAAUUGGAUAUCUUCGCUCAUUAAUACCAAAGGAGGAUUAUUAACGCAAAUAGGGCAGGGACAUCUUUAUUUAUUAGUGAUUCUUCUCUCAGAAGUGGUUCAAACUUUUAUCUUGGCAGACUUUUGUUACUACUAUGUCAAAAGUGUGAUGGAAGGACAGCGAACGAUGAGGCUACCCUCAAUGGUCUGAUGAUGGGAUUUAUAUGGAAUUGCUAAUGUAAACUUUGUCAUGGAUGUGGAUAAAGUUUUCUAAGCUCUUAGCUUUGGUCCAUACAUUCUGUGUUAUUGACAGCACGAAAUGUAUGUUUUUGGCCUCUGUUUGACAGUAUAGAAGAAUAGGCACCUAAUUUGUGUAAAUUAUUUUAUACGAGCAAUGUCUCUGUUAUACAAUUGAGUGUGCCUUAUGUACUUGAAGUAAGUAAACCCGAGAUUAUACAGAACUACUCGUAUUUCUGAACACAGUGAAUAUCUAAUUAAUGUA